AUGCGCCCGAAAGAGUCGGGGCAGGGCUGCCCCGGGGACGGGGACAGGCCGGGACCCGGGGAUCCCGCAGCAGUUACCCCGGUUCCUCCCCCCGCAGCCAACCCCACUCCAGAGCCCUCUGCCGACUCUGAACCCACUUCUGCGCAGGCACCUGCGGCUGGACAGGGAGCUGGAUCUGGAUCCACAUCCGUCUCGGGACCCCAGGUGGGAGCUCGCUCAGCCUCUGAGGCUCGAUCGGAGGCAGGAGCCCAGGGCGCGUCCGCAUUCUCGGCGGUCCAGAGAAAUGCUCAGUCUGUGCCCGACAACUCGGAAGCGCAGCGGACCCGCUUCAAAUGCCAAGGGCCCUUUGAUCCCCGCGCCACUGGCUUGGGGACUGGAAAGGCGGCGGGCAUUUGGAAGACGCCGGCUGACUACCUCGGCCGGCGGCCUGCGGUGUCUGGCCCCGAGCGCAUCGCCCUUCUUCGGGAGCUUAAGGAAGCGCUGUGUCCUGUCGCACCACCGCCAGUCAAGAAGAUCACCCAAGAGGAUGUCAAAGUGAUGUUAAGUUUGCUAGAGGAGAGAGAGCGACACCUCAACAUGGCAGCUCACGUUGGCCAGUCCCUGGUACAACAGAACAGUGUUCUGAUGGAGGAGAACAGCAAGCUGGAAGCCAUGCUGGGCUCGGCCAGGGAGGAGAUUUCACAUCUCAGACACCAGGUGAGCCUGCGGGAUGACCUCCUUCAGCUUUACUCAGACUCUGAUGAGGAGGAGGAGGAGGAUGAAGAUGAAGAAGAGGAAGAAGUAGAGGAAGAGGAGGAAGGGGAGGACUACGAGGAAGAAGAGGAAGAGGAGGAGCAGCAGCCUGACCAUCCCUACGAAGCCCCCGAGCCGACUGCCCUGCCGGAGCGGGAGUUGCACUGCUGCCCACAGCUGGAAGCGCUGCAGGAGCAGCUGAGGCUGCUGGAGGAGGAGAAUGAACAGCUGAGAGAGGAGGCCUCUCAGCUCGACGACCUUGAGGAAGAGGAGCAGAUGCUCAUCCUGGAUUGUGUGGAGCAGUUUUCGGAGGCCAGCCAGCAGAUGGCUGAGCUGUCAGAGGUGCUGGCGCUCAGGAUGGAGAACUAUGAGGAGCAGCAGAAGGAGAUGGCCCAGCUGCGGACCCAGGUCAUGAAGCUGCAGCAGCGCUGCCAGUCGUAUGGGGCUGAGACAGAGAAGUUGCAGCAGCAGCUGGCUUCGGAGAAAGAAAUCCAGAUGCAGCUCCAGGACCAGCUGCAGGACCUGCGGGAGAAGUACACGGAGUGUGGGGGCGUGCUGAUUGAGACCCGGGAGGAGGCGAAGAACCCCCGCCAGCAAGCCCGGGCACCCGCUGGCUCCGUUACCCGCUACGCAUACACUGUACCUCUGGAGGUGCUUCCUGAUUUCCAGGAGACCCUGGCUGAGGAGCUCAGGACAUCUCUAAGGAGAAUUAUCUCAGACCCUGUGUUUUUUAUGGAAAGGAAUUAUGAGGUGACUCCAGAGGGGACGUCAGACCCGGGAUACGAGCUGCGCCACAGUCAGGAGCAAGAGCGGGGACGGGGGUUCGAGGCCGAGGAAGGUUUGAUGCCAGCAGAGGAUUUCGUGCCUGCGGAGGAUUUGGUGCCCGAGGAGGAGCUGGGGGCCACACAGGAGACGGUGCCAGCCAAGGAGGGGGGCACAGAAGAGGCAGAGCUGGUGUCCGAGGAGGCUGAGGCCUGGGAGGAGGUGGAGCCCGAGCUGGAUGAGGCAGCACGAAUGAGUGUGGUGACCUCAGCUCUGGAGGCCAGCGGCUUGGGCUCCUCGCACCUGGACAUGAAGUAUGUCCUCCAGCAACUGGCCAGCUGGCAGGAUGCCCAUUACAGGCGGCAGCUGAAGCAGAAGAUGGUCCAGAAAGCAGUGGCAGCAGCAGGCCAAAACAAACAUGGGGGGCGGGAUCGUGGAGCAGCAGCCCAGGGUGCCGACCCAGGACUUACGGAGGCUGGAGGAGGACAGGGCCAACCACCCUCCCAGGGCCUGGGAGGAAGAGGGGCCUUCUGGGGCCACCCAGGCCAUUGGGACGAAGGCCUCCACCAGCCACAGUCGGACCAGUCCCCUGGGCUUUGCUGUUUCCCAGCAGCCUGCAGAGGCCCCACAGAAAGCCUGAGGCCCCUCCUUCCGCUGCCUGGCCAAGUCUCCCCCUCCCCAGAGCCUCCUUCCCAUGCUCUGAAACGGGACCCCCGGUCUGUCACCAGCCCACCCUCUGUCCUGAUGAACCUGGGCCGCAACUUGAGGGCCCAGGCCUCGAGCCUUUUCUGGGACAGGCGGAAGGAACCCCGACCCUCGUUCUGUAGCUGGUGCAAAAGCUGUGGCUGCUGGGCCUGGAUCACGUGGUGGCCCAGGGGGCAUAAGAAGCCCAGGGGGAGGCUCACCAGCUACCAGACCCAGCUCUGAGCUGGGGCCAGGGCUCCGGCCUGGGUGUAGGAAGUUGUUCUGGGUACCCUGCUAACCACGCGCCCCUCACCCCUUGACCCCCAAAUUAAAGGUGGCUCCCUAGUACUUGUUGACUUUUAGGAACCGGUUCCUCUCCCUCAAUUCUUGGCCCUUUCUCCUCAGUCCCUAAUUACUGUUUCUAAUCAGAGGUUUCUCUGUGUAGGUGAGGAGACCCUCUGCCUGGCCGUGGGCCUUCUUUCCCCACCUCCUUGCCUGUGGCCUGCGAGUGUCCAGGCUCCCUCCCAAGGCCCUGUCACUCCCCUCAGGUCCUCCCCUCAGUGUCCUUUGUUUCCUCCUUCUAGAUGUUUGGCCCUUUCCCACCCUUUGCUUAUAAACAGCUGGAGUCAGGGGCUCCGGAGCCCUGUCGAUAUCUGCCCUGCUAUCCACAGCGCUUCUCACGCUUCUGUUGCUUGUCAGCCUGUGUAUGUGCCAGUGCAGAAAAUAAAGGACCUGUGCACGA